GGUAUAAAUAGAGCUAUUUUUGACUGCGUUCUAGCUCGAGUGUUGUAUUUGGAACUGAAAAGUUGUAAUUGUUGUGAAGAUGUUGUCGGUUCGCUCAGUGCUCUGCAGAUCUUACUCCUUUCUGCUGAAGCCUCCAGCAGCUCGCCUUGCUCAGACACACGGUGCGGGCUUCUUCCACACCAGCGCCGAGUGCAGCAGCAGCGCCAGGGUAGCAGUGGUACUGUCUGGAUGUGGAGUGUAUGAUGGUACAGAGAUCCAUGAGGCAUCAGCAAUCCUGGUGCAUCUGAGUCGGGGUGGUGCCGAGGUCCAGAUGUAUGCUCCUGAUGUGACUCAGAUGCAUGUUAUAGACCACAGCAAGGGGCAGCCUUCAGAGGAGUCCAGGAACGUCCUAGCUGAGUCGGCUCGCAUCGCCAGGGGUAACAUCACUGACCUGGUUAAGCUGAGUGCCACUAGCCAUGAUGCAGUCAUCUUUCCAGGAGGCUUUGGAGCUGCAAAAAAUCUGUCAACAUUUGCUGUCGAUGGAAGUAACUGUACUGUGAGUAAAGAGGUGGAACGUGUCUUAAAGGACUUCCAUAAAGCAGGCAAGCCGAUUGGGUUGUGCUGUAUCUCUCCGGUGCUGGCAGCGAAGGUGCUCCCCGGUGUGGAAGUGACCGUGGGCCAUGAGGAAGAGGAGGGGGGCAAGUGGCCCUACGCUGGCACUGCUCAGGCCAUCACUGCACUCGGGGCCAAACAUAAAGUCAAAGAUGUCACCGAGGUUCAUGUUGACCUAAAGAAUAAGGUAGUGACCUCUCCUGCAUUCAUGUGUGACACACAGUUGCACCUGAUCUUUGACGGGAUUGGUUCGAUGGUCAGAGACGUCUUGAAGCUGACUGGGAAAUAAGUGACACUGUUUCCUUCAACGAGCUGCAUGUUCACUGCACUUACACACACACAAACAGUCACAUAGCGAGUUCUACAUGCAUUUGAUCCUUUUGUGAAAUAAGUGAAAGCUUUGUGAGCAUUUUGAUUCUGGAUGUCAGUAAACCACUUUAGGUUGGGAAACUGCAACUGAUGAGCCUUAGUUCACUCCUAAACAGAGCCCCAGUACUCAAGUGAUUAAAAUGACAGAUAUUAGCCACCAAAAGCCCAUCUCUGCAAGGCGUUGUUUCUUCUAAGUGACCACUAGAUGGCGUAGUGUCACAGCCAGACUGGCACUGAGCAAGCCACUGCUAGAACAAGAGUAAAACUGCAUUUUUGAAUAAAGAAAUGUUUAAUUUCAGGAGUUUUUUUUAUCUCAUUUGGUUGUGUUUAAAUAUGCAAUUAAAACAGACUUUUGUCAAAUUAUGAA